UGUGAAAAUCGAAUCGUCUAAACCUUGAAACACAGAUUUGAAAAUAUUCAACGAUUAUUUCGAGUUUUCAAUAGCUAGUUUUCAACAGCUGUUUCUGCAUACUUGAAGCUUAGUUGUAGACGAUGGCACAACAAGUUGAAGCAGCACCAUUAACGUUGGUUAGAGAUGUGAAUCGUGCUAUUGAGCUUCUUGAGAAACUUCAACAAAGUGGCGAGGUUCCGGUAGAUAAACUACAAGCACUGCAAAGAGUCCUCGAGAGUGAGUUUUGUACGUCAAUUCGCGAAGUAUACGAGCAUGUGUAUGACACAGUAGACAUUGGUGGAUCUCCCGAGGUUCGAGCCUCGGCGACAGCCAAGGCAACAGUGGCUGCGUUUGCGGCGAGCGAAGGUUACGCUUAUCCAAGAGUUGUGGAAAUUCCUAAGAACGAUGAAGGUCUUGGAUUUAACGUAAUGGGCGGGAAAGAACAAUCAUCGCCAAUAUAUAUAUCCCGAAUCAUUCCGGGGGGAGUCGCUGACAGACACGGCGCUUUGAAACGAGGGGAUCAACUUCUUUCAGUUAAUGGCGUGAGCGUCGAAGGCGAGAAUCACGAGAAAGCUGUGGACCUUCUUAAAGCUGCGGAAGGAAAAGUCCGACUAGUUGUGAAAUAUACGCCUAAACUGUUAGAGGAAAUGGAGCAGAGAUUUGAACGACAGAGAUUAGCCAAACGCUAAUAAAGGACGGAGAAAACGAUUGGGGAAAAUUCAACACGAAAGACGUUGCAAGAUGGUUUCUGAAGAUAUAGAAAUUAUAAAUAUAUACACCUUAAGAUAAGUCAAAAUAUUUUCAUGUAUAAUUUUCUGAAUUUUUCCAAUUCCAACCCGAGCGUGCCUGCUCAAAUACAGUAUGUCAAUUAGAAGGCUAAAUUUAGUUUUAACCAAUCUUUUUAAAGCAAUGUAUAUUAGUUUUUAUCAAUAUUCCGAAUAAAUUGUU